UCCUGAUGAAAAUGAUGGAAGAAUCACAAAUCAACAUCUUCAAAAUGACGAGGAUUUUGACAGCUUGCAAAGUGGUGAAGACCCUGAAGACCGGUUUUGGCUUUACCAAUGUGACUGCGCAACAUCAAUGGAAAUUUUCAAGACCUGGCAUUAGGCUCCUCUCUGUCAAGGCACAGACAGCACACAUUGUCCUGGAAGAUGGAACUAAGAUGAAGGGUUACUCCUUCGGCCAUCCGUCCUCUGUUGCUGGUGAAGUGGUUUUUAAUACUGGCCUGGGAGGGUACCCGGAAGCUAUUACUGAUCCUGCCUACAGGGGUCAGAUUCUGACCAUGGCCAAUCCUAUCAUCGGGAACGGGGGAGCCCCUGACACGAAGGCGCUGGAUGAAAUGGGACUUAGCAAAUAUUUGGAGUCUGAUGGAAUCAAGGUUGCAGGUUUGCUGGUGCUGAAUUACAGCAAUGACUACAACCACUGGCUGGCCACCAAGAGUCUAGGGCAAUGGCUGCAGGAAGAAAAGAUCCCUGCAAUUUAUGGAGUGGAUACAAGAAUGCUGACUAAAAUAAUUCGGGAGAAGGGCACCACGCUUGGGAAGAUUGAAUUUGAAGGUCAGUCUGUGAAUUUUGAGGAUCCAAAUAAGCAGAAUUUGAUUGCUGAGGUUUCAACCAAGGAUGUCAAGGUGUAUGGCAAAGGAAACCCCACAAAAGUGGUAGCUGUAGACUGUGGGAUCAAAAACAACGUAAUCCGCCUACUAGUCAAGCGCGGAGCUGAAGUGCAUUUGGUCCCCUGGAAUCAUGAUUUCACCAAGAUGGAGUACGAUGGGCUUUUGAUUGCCGGAGGACCCGGGAACCCAGCUCUCGCACAACCGCUGAUUCAGAACGUGAAAAAGGUUUUGGAGAGUGACCGCAAAGAGCCAUUGUUCGGAAUCAGCACAGGAAAUCUAAUAAUAGGAUUAGCUGCCGGUGCCAAAUCCUACAAGAUGUCCAUGGCCAACAGAGGGCAGAAUCAGCCUGUUUUGAAUGUGACAAACAGACAGGCUUUCAUUACAGCUCAGAAUCAUGGCUAUGCCCUGGAAAACACCCUUCCUGCUGGCUGGAAGCCACUUUUUGUGAAUGUCAACGAUCAAACCAACGAGGGUAUCAUGCACGAAAGCAAGCCCUUUUUCGGUGUGCAGUUCCACCCAGAGGUCAGCCCGGGGCCGACAGACACGGAGUAUCUGUUUGAUUCCUUUUUCUCACUGAUAAAGAAGGGGAAAGGAACCACUAUUACAUCGGUUCUACCAAAACCCGCUCUCGUUGCAUCUCGAAUUGAGGUUUCCAAAGUCCUUAUCCUCGGAUCGGGUGGUCUGUCCAUUGGUCAGGCAGGUGAAUUUGAUUACUCAGGAUCACAAGCUGUAAAAGCCAUGAAGGAAGAAAAUGUCAGAACUGUCCUGAUGAACCCAAACAUUGCAUCGGUACAGACCAACGAGGUGGGCUUAAAACAAGCAGAUUCCGUCUACUUUCUCCCCAUCACCCCUCAGUUUGUCACAGAGGUCAUCAAGGCAGAGCGGCCAGAUGGGUUAAUUCUGGGCAUGGGUGGCCAAACAGCUCUGAACUGCGGAGUGGAACUAUUCAAGAGAGGAGUACUCAAGGAGUAUGGCGUGAAAGUCCUGGGGACCUCAGUUGAAUCCAUUAUGGCCACAGAAGACAGGCAACUGUUCUCGGACAAACUAAAUGAGAUUAAUGAAAAGAUUGCUCCAAGCUUUGCUGUGGAAUCGAUUGAGGAUGCCUUGAAAGCAGCAGACACCAUUGGCUACCCAGUGAUGAUCCGUUCUGCCUAUGCCCUGGGUGGGUUAGGCUCAGGCAUCUGUCCUAAUAAAGAAACCUUAGUGGACCUCAGCACAAAGGCCUUUGCUAUGACCAACCAGAUCCUGGUGGAGAGGUCAGUGACAGGUUGGAAAGAAAUAGAAUAUGAAGUUGUCCGAGAUGCUGAUGACAAUUGUGUCACUGUGUGUAACAUGGAAAAUGUUGAUGCCAUGGGCGUUCAUACAGGUGAUUCUGUUGUUGUGGCUCCUGCCCAGACACUCUCCAAUGCGGAGUUUCAGAUGUUGAGACGCACCUCAGUCAACGUCGUUCGCCACUUGGGCAUCGUGGGUGAAUGCAACAUUCAGUUUGCCCUUCAUCCGACCUCAAUGGAAUACUGCAUCAUUGAAGUGAAUGCCAGACUGUCCCGAAGCUCUGCCCUGGCCUCAAAGGCCACUGGCUACCCAUUGGCAUUCAUUGCUGCAAAGAUUGCCCUAGGAAUCCCACUUCCAGAAAUCAAGAAUGUCGUAUCAGGGAAGACCUCAGCCUGCUUUGAACCUAGCCUGGAUUACAUGGUUACUAAGAUUCCUCGCUGGGAUCUUGAUCGUUUCCAUGGAACAUCAAGCCGAAUUGGUAGCUCUAUGAAGAGUGUAGGAGAGGUCAUGGCUAUUGGCCGCACCUUUGAGGAGAGCUUCCAGAAGGCCCUCCGGAUGUGCCACCCAUCCAUAGAUGGUUUCACUUCCCGCCUCCCAAUGAACAAAGACUGGCCUUCGAACCUAGAUCUCAAAAGAGAGCUGUCGGAUCCAUCCAGCACCCGCAUCUAUGCCAUUGCCAAGGCUCUGGAAGACAACAUGUCCCUUGAUGAGGUUAUGAAGCUCACAGCCAUUGACAAAUGGUUUUUGUAUAAGAUGCGUGACAUUUUAAACAUGGAAAAGACAUUGAAAGGACUCAACAGCGAGUCCGUCCCAGCAGAAACCCUGAAAAAGGCCAAGGAGAUUGGGUUCUCAGACAAGCAGAUUUCCAAAUGUCUCAAGCUGACUGAGGCCCAGACAAGGGAGCUGAGAUUAAAGAAAAACAUCCACCCUUGGGUGAAACAGAUUGAUACACUGGCUGCAGAAUACCCAUCAGUAACGAACUACCUCUAUGUUACCUACAACGGUCAGGAGCAUGACAUCAAUUUUGAUGAACAUGGAAUGAUGGUGCUGGGCUGUGGUCCAUAUCACAUUGGCAGCAGUGUGGAAUUUGAUUGGUGCGCUGUCUCCAGUAUCCGCACACUGCGUCAACUUGGCAGGAAGACUGUGGUGGUGAAUUGCAACCCUGAGACCGUGAGCACAGACUUUGAUGAGUGUGACAAACUGUACUUUGAAGAGCUGUCUUUGGAAAGAAUCUUGGAUAUCUACCAUCAGGAGGCAUGCAGUGGCUGCAUCAUAUCAGUCGGAGGCCAGAUUCCAAACAACCUGGCGGUCCCUCUGUACAAGAACUCUGUUAAGAUCAUGGGCACAAGCCCUCUGCAGAUCGACAGGGCCGAGGAUCGCUCCAUCUUCUCCGCGGUCUUGGACGAGCUGAAGGUGGCCCAGGCACCCUGGAAAGCUGUUAACACUUUGAAUGAGGCAUUGGAAUUUGCGAAGUCUGUGGGAUACCCCUGCUUGCUGAGACCUUCCUACGUUUUGAGUGGGUCUGCCAUGAAUGUGGUAUUCUCCGAGGAUGAGAUGAAAAAAUUCCUAGAGGAAGCCACUAGAGUCUCUCAGGAACACCCAGUGGUGCUGACAAAAUUUAUUGAGGGGGCCCGGGAAGUAGAAAUGGAUGCUGUCGGCAAAGAAGGAAGAGUUAUCUCCCAUGCCAUGUCUGAACACGUGGAGGACGCAGGUGUCCACUCGGGAGAUGCGACUCUGAUGCUGCCCACACAAACCAUCAGCCAAGGAGCCAUUGAAAAGGUGAAGGAUGCUACGCGAAAGAUCGCAAAGGCUUUUGCCAUCUCUGGCCCAUUCAACGUCCAAUUUCUUGUCAAAGGAAAUGAUGUCUUGGUGAUUGAGUGUAACCUGAGAGCUUCUCGAUCCUUCCCCUUUGUUUCUAAGACCCUUGGGGUGGACUUCAUUGAUGUGGCCACCAAAGUGAUGAUUGGAGAGAACAUUGAUGAGAAACCUCUUCCAACAUUGGAGCAUCCCAUCAUUCCUGCUGACUAUGUUGCAAUUAAGGCUCCCAUGUUUUCCUGGCCCCGGCUGAGGGAUGCUGACCCCAUUCUGCGGUGCGAGAUGGCUUCCACUGGAGAGGUGGCUUGUUUUGGAGAAGGUAUACAUACAGCUUUCCUAAAGGCAAUGCUUUCAACAGGAUUUAAGAUACCCCAGAAAGGCAUCCUCAUUGGCAUCCAGCAAUCAUUCCGUCCAAGAUUCCUUGGUGUGGCUGAACAAUUACACAAUGAAGGUUUCAAGCUCUUUGCCACGGAAGCCACGUCAGACUGGCUCAAUGCCAACAAUGUCCCUGCCACCCCAGUGGCAUGGCCAUCCCAGGAAGGACAGAAUCCCAGCCUCUCCUCCAUCAGAAAACUGAUUAGAGACGGCAGCAUUGACCUGGUGAUUAACCUCCCCAACAACAACACUAAAUUUGUCCACGAUAAUUAUGUGAUUCGGAGGACAGCCGUUGACAGUGGAAUUGCUCUCCUCACUAAUUUCCAGGUGACCAAACUUUUUGCUGAAGCUGUGCAGAAAUCACGCACCGUGGACUCCAAGAGUCUCUUCCACUACCGGCAGUCCAGUGCCGGGAAAGGGGUGUAGCCACGCAGACACCGGGCUCCCCCCGAAACCGCCUGAGCCUCAUUGCAUCCGAGGAACUGGUUCCCAGCU